ACCAACUUUAUUUGAAUAUAAUAACUACAUGCAUGACCAGGCCCAGGGUCAAGGAAAGAGGAAAACAUUGACUUCAAAAUACAACAGUACUUCAUCUUCCCAGGGAAAUGAAAGUCACUCUGAAGGAAAAAAACAAAGGACUUCACAGACUAGUGUAUUUGUCCAGCCAGUACCAGUGGCAGAGUUAUAUCAAGGCAUACAGCAUGAAAUCAUUAUUCCUGACAAGGAAGGAGGAAAAGUUCCAAUUACAACUGAUACACCAUAUUCCCUACCUGGCAUCAUGCAACAUGACCACCCAUAUGUAGCGAGUCCUGUGUCAGGUUCAUCUCAUCUUAGUGACACAGACUGGGCAGAUGCUGAUACCCAAAUAACAAAUUUGGAACAUGAAAAUAGGCAUCUGAAGGUUCAUUGUGAACAACUUGAGGAGAGGGUAGUGGCUUUUCAAGAGGAAAACACACAACUGAAAAAUCAGUUAAAUGAAAGUGAAAGACAAAGAAAGGAAGUUGAAUCCAAACUUCAAAACAAAGACAAACUUUUCCGAGAGAUUUUAAUAGAUAAACUAACGAAGUGUGACAACCAUGUAAGACUUUUUCUUGGGCUGCCUUCUCUUCUGUUUUUAAAGGGUUUGUUCGACAUAUUGAAUGGCGCAGCUUCCAGUAUGAAGUAUUGGACUCGUAGAUCAUCAAGUCAUGAAAAAAAGUGGCACUCAGAAAAUUUAAGGAGACCUGGUAAACAAAGAAAACUGCAGUUAUUUGAAGAAUUCAUUUUGGCACUACUUCGUCUGCGUUUAGGCCUGAACACCAUGUUCUGUUCAGUUUUGUUUGGCGUGUCUCAGUCCACAGUUUCUUCCAUAUUCACCACAUGGAUGUGUUUCCUAGAUCAGCAAUUAAAACCAUUACUUAAGUGGCCAUCAAGGCAAAAAAUAAAAAAGCAUAUGCCUCUUUCCUUCCGUUUAAAAUACCCAAACACAAGAGUCAUAAUUGAUGCAACAGAGAUCUUUGUUCAACGUCCGAGGAAUCCUUCAGCUCAGAGCAGAACUUGGUCAAAUUACAAAAACAAGAACACUUUCAAAGCACUGGUUGGGAUUUCACCAAAUGGGGCCUUUACAUUCAUAUCUGAAUUAUGGUCUGGAAACAUUUCAGAUCGCAGCAUUACUCUGAGAAGUGGAUUUCUAGAUCUUAUUCAGCGAGGUGAUCAUGUUAUGGCAGAUCGCGGAUUUCUAAUUAAUGACCUCCUUCUUCAAAGGGGAGCCCAGCUGAAUAUGCCACCAUUUUGUCGGCCAUGUCAGUAUGGAAAAGGCAAAUACUUGACAUCUAAACAAAUUAAGGAGUCGAAAAACAUUGCCUCAUUGCGCAUUCAUGUGGAGCGUGCAAUUCAGAGACUGAAAAGUUACAAAUUCUUUGAUGGUAUUAUGUACAUAAAAUCAUUGUCUGUUGCAAAUCAAGCCUUACAAGUAGCGGGUAUUUUUUGUAAUUUUAUGGCUCCCCUUGUCAGCAAAGUUCAGAAAAAAUAAGAUUUUCUAACUAAGUAAAUAAAAUACCAUGAUUAUUGUUUGCAAGUGCUAUAACAUUACAAGUGCAACAACUUAAAUUUUGUGCCAAAAGUUCAUUCUUUUACAU